AUGGUGUUUGAAUUACAUAUCUGGGGCCCAGCGUUCGAGCUACCUUCCAUCGAUGCCCAAUGCUUAGCCACCAUCUUCUACCUUCGCCAGUGCCUGCACCCCGACCUCUGGGUGCUAAUUCCCUCGAGUGACGCACGCGUCAGUCCUCUCGGGGAACUCCCUGCAUUGCACGAUGGCGAGACCUGGGUCGCUGGGUUUACCAACAUCGUCGACUACCUACGGGACAUCUCGAAUGGCGAACAAGAUCUGAACAAGGACCUCAGUGCCCAGCAGCAAGCGGACUGCGCGGCAUUUUCAGCCUUCAUCACUUCACGCGGCCAACCUCUCCUCGAUCUCAGCCUCUACGUGAGCAGUGACAAUUAUCUUAAAUGCACCAGACAGGCUCUCAGCGACAUCUUGACGUGGCCAAACAGCUGGAAUCUGCCUCACCAAUGGCGCGCCCAAGCGAAAAAGAGAUCGGAACACCUGGGUCUGAGCAGUCUGGACGUGGACAGUACCCAGGAAGAGAACAAGACAGCGGAUGCAGGGUUGACUGCACACAUCCCCAAAGCCCUCAGAAGACCCAGGCAAACAGUCACGGGGCUGCUAGGCCGACACCAGCAAAAGAAUCGAUUUCGACUGGAUGCCGUCACCGAAGAUUUCUUUGAGCCGCUCGAUGAAAUGCUGGGGGAGAAGAAUUGGCUACUAGGUGACCAUGCCAGCAGCGCCGAUUGCCUCGCGAUUGGCUACCUGGCCCUGAUGCAGACACCAGCACUGGAGCAUGGAUGGCUGCGGGAGUCACUACAGACGAAUCAUGCCCGUCUAGACACGUGGGCAAAGAGUCGGGCGCCGGAAGUGUUUGGUCCACCCGUCGAUGUCUCUGAGGUUCUAGGACGGAAGCCAGGGGUGGCUAGUGUCCCGUCGUCACUGCCAUGGAGAGUACCGGCGCCUCGGAGCCUCCCACAGAUCUUGCAGGCGGUGGUGGAAGGAUGCAUUAGCUCGAUCCCCGCCAUAGGAUCUCUGCAUGGGAUUUCGGAGAUCGGCAACACGCAUGGAGCAGGUCGAGAACGAUACCGCGAAAAACAGUUGCAACUGGCGAGGCUCCAGCGACAGCGAGACGCGUAUCUAGGAGUGGUGGCAUCGACGGUGACGACGAUGGGACUAGUGGCAUGGCUGGUAUAUCAAGGCCUCCUCCCAGUACGCUCUGUGCCGCGAAGACGUGGCUUUGGCGAAGCUGGAGUGCUUCUGGGGUUGUAA